UGACUGUGUACCGUACCAGCAGCAUUAUCGUUUAAAAGCAUUAGGCCAUUCCCGCUCGAGUGAUCGUAGAACUCGCGGACCGCGUAGUAGGCCUGUGCCAUUCCAUAGCGUGCUUUGCGAAUUUUAUUCGACGAGCGGUAUCUGUGCCACAAAUUUUUUGAUUUUUAUUGUGUUUAUUUGUUAAGUAAAAUGGGCGGAAGAACUAUUCUUGUGGGAGAGUUUAUGGUUGUGAUAAUUUUUGUUUUAAAUUUAAGCUGUCUCUAUGCCUAUCGCACCGAUGACGCCAAGCUACAUCUGAAACUGAAAGACAAAAAUACAAUAGUAAAAACUAUUCGAAUUGGAGAUAAAGUUCUUAUAGAAGAAUACAAAAUCACUGAAGGUCCUGAUACCAGAUUUUUGCUUUAUGAAACAGAGGAGGACGGAGAUGUUGAUAAUGAUAAUGAAUAUGACGACACCCAAUCUCCUUUGGAAUCUUGGUCUGUAGUGUGGUACAUAGCCUCGUUCGGGGGGCUGGUAGCCUUCUUUCUCGUGGUGUCCUGUUCGGAAUGGUGUUGUCGCCGUAAUGCCUCGAGAAACUGCCGAAGUAGUUCGGACUCCACCCGCCAGGUGGCGCCAGACGUACCGCCUCCGUCGUACGAGCAAUUCGCGCCGCCGCCGUACGAAAGUUUGACACUGAAAGGCGGCGAAAAGAGCGAGUUUGACGUUUACGUGGUGCCGGUGGAAGCCAUGAGCAGUUUGAUGAGGAAUAAUGGCGGGAAUAUUGAAGACGCGCCUCCCUCGUAUUACAUGGCCAGCGAGAGAUAUCUAGUACGUGAUAAAGGUAACGGCGAUGUUGCCGUAGCUUCAUCGUCGAAAGAGAGUUCCGUUGUUGUCGAUGUUAGUUUACUGGAGAGUACCGGGACGUGAUUAAAACUUUGGUUAUGUUGUAUUUAUUCAUUGCAAGUCAACAAUUCGAGGAAACUUGAUAAAAAAAAAAUCUGUUUUUAAUCAUCCA